AUGUUUGCGAAGAACGAUGAGGGCAAAGAUAAGGCGAGAAAAAGCUCUUCCGGCUCGACCAUCCCCGCCUGCACCCUUUGGUUUCCAUUGCUGGAAGGCGUGCCAAAAAGCUCUGAGCUUUUUCUACUGCCAAAAAAGUUCAUCUACAGCAAAAUGGCCGAGUUCUGGCAGUGCUGCUGUUUGAUAUUCUCACCGCCUAUGACCGUAGCCCUGGCGACCGGUGACGGCAAGAAGAUGUGCAUUGCCACGCUGCUCACGAUGCUCUUCUACAUCCCGGGGCUUAUUUAUGCCAUUAAUCAAAUGAACGAAGGUCGA